AUGAGCUCCCACGUCGUGGUGAUUGACUCGACAGCUCGCAGAGCUGUGGUCAAGACCACUCCUUCGAAGCAUUUGGCAGAGGUCUUGCAGGAGGCAAGCGCUAAACUGGGUUUCGACGCCGGCCAGUAUGGUCUCAAAUACCAGGGUAAACAGCUCGACCUCUCCCUUUCUGUUCGCCUGGCGGGUCUGAGUUCCGGCGCCAAGUUGGAACUCGUUCAACUCUCCCGAUCGCCGUCAGUCGUCUCCGUCGCCCUGCAACUCCCCGAAUCCGAAGCGCAAGGGGCUCCGAACGGACGACUUUUAGACAAGUUCCCGAGCACGACGACGCUGUGGUUAGUACUACGAAAAUUUGAGUCCGGCGUGGCAGGGAAUGGAACGACCCGAAAUCUCACAGCCCGGGGAGCCCCUUCGACGGAUACAGGGGCCGGGAGACUAUAUUAUCAGAUGCCAGUCAUCCAUGCUAUGGGAAGAGAGCUGUCAUCUUUCACGGAUCUGCAACAGUCACUGGCACAGUUAGGGUUCAACAGCGGAAACGUGCUCCUUCGACUGAGCUUUCGGACAACACAGGAGCCGCUCGAAGAGGCGAUGGCCAAGAUAGCGGAAUACUUUAAGGACGUUGAGGAUAAAAGCGGUCCUGCAGCGGCAGAAGGAAGUGUCACAGCUGAACAAACAGCACAAGUCGCUGUUCAGCCGACGGAACAGAGCUCUCUGCCCGCUUCUACCACGCAGGGGGAGCCUACUACCGUUUCUACAGACUCAUCCGUCUCACAACCCGAAGCCUCUCAACUUUCUCCCUCAGAACCAUCCGCCAGCCCAUCGGUCUCGUCGCGGCCUGUGACUGUCUACCGUCCGCCCUCGGGCACAACUCCGCAUCCUGCCUUGUCUGCCCAUGAUGAGGAAGACUACGUGCCCACUAUUGAACAUGCUAAAUCCCACCAGGAACGGCUGAGCAAAUUAGCUCGGAACACGCGUCUCCCGAGUGACAAAGAGAUUGCAGAGAAGGCAGCUGCGGAACAGGAGAAGCUGGCAGGCAUCAAGGAGGUAGAAGUCAAGAUCCGGUUCCCGGAACAAAGCCAGGUGGUCGCCAAAUUUGGACAGCCCGAUACAGGGGCGACCCUCUACAGUUUUGUGAGAAGCUGCUUGAACGACCAGUUCGCGGGUGAGAAGUUCUCGUUGACAGUGUUCGGCGGUGGCGGCGGACGAGGCAAGAACCAGAUACCGGACUCGGAUCAGACAUACCUGAUCAAGGAUGUUGGGAUAAGAGGAAGGGUAUUGGUCAACUUUACUUGGGAUGAUCAAGCCUCGCAGGCCGCGCGGGCAAGCGGCGCCAACCUCUUGAAGCCGGAACUGCGCAGCCAAGCUCGGGACAUCCAGAUUCCCAGUGUGCCUGAAGCUCCGCAAGAAGAGCCCGAGGACAAGUCAGCGUUAGGCAGACUUGGGGCUGCCCUGAGAGGCGAAGGUGGAGAGAAGGAUAAGAUGUCUGCAGAACGGAAAGGAGGCGGAGGCGUGCCCAAGUGGUUUAAAAUGCCGGGCAAAAAAUGA